AUGUCCGAACUCCUUGAAGCGAUUUCUUCCCUUUCGGGGAUUAUUGAAGCUCAAAAUUCUAGAAUUAAUCACUUAGAAAAUAAUAUAGAGGUUAUCGAAAAGAAAAUAGAGUCUAAUACGAGUGAAACAGAGAAACUUAAAGCUAUAAUAGCUGAACUUAAGGCAGACAUUCGAAAUCGUGAUCAGGAUAUGCUUUGCAAUGAUAUCGAAAUUACACACUUACCCGAAACCCAAAAUGAGAACACCGUCCAUGUCGUUCUUGCGAUAGCGAAGAAAAUUAAUGUUCGUCUUGACGAAAGAGAUGUAGUUUUUGCAGAACGGGUGGGCUAUUAUCGCCCGACAGCAGACAAACUAGCGCCAGAGAAGCCUCGUCCGCUGAUGUUACGACUUUCAAGACGUGCUACCAGAGAUGACAUUAUAAAAGCCGCCAGAGUCUGUCGCAGCAUAACCACAGAAGGCAUGUCCCUUCCUGGACCUGCUGUUUACUUCUACAUCAACGAACGACUUACAAAUUACAAACGCCGACUAUUUCACACAACGAGGAAAAUAGCAAAGGAAGAAAAAUGGAAGUAUGUGUGGACACGUAACGGAAAAAUCUUCAUUAGAAGAGAGCAAGGCAAGGCCCGACACGAGGUUCAUGCAGAGAAUUGUCUGACAAAAAUUUUUGGAUAUGACCCGUUGGCAUCUACUUAUGAUAAAUCUAAUGUUAUUAACGCUUAA